GAUUCAUCGCCGAAGCUUCACCAACUAGGUCGAAAAAAUGAGUGAUACCGAGCUUUCGAGCGCCGUGACGAGUGCGCUGUUGGAGCUCUACCAGCGGCAAAAUAUACCCAUGGACUCGCAGCCGAUUGCAGGAGUUGGGGAGAAUGCCUACGGGCAGGUCCUUCGAGUGAGUUGGCCCACAAUGUCCGAAGCAGCGACCGUGAUAGUGAAAAUGGCGCCGAAGAACGAGGCUCGGAGAUCCCACAUGCACGUAGUGGACUACUAUGCCCGGGAGGUCUUCAUGUACCAGGAGGUAUUUCCCAUCUUCCGGCAGCUAUCACCGAAUCAAAGUGUGUUCACCGUAGUACCGGCCCUGCAGGCCAAUGGCUUGAAGGCACCCGAUGAGUUCCUGAUUUUCGAGGAUCUAUCUGGAAGUGGAUUUCGGCCAAAUUCCCGCAGCACCAUGCCCACCUUCGACAUCGUGAUGUGCUCCCUGAAAGCUCUGGCGGAACUCCACGCCUGCUCAUUCAUCUUACAGGAAAAAAAACCAGCAAAGUUCAGGGAGUUGGUGGAGUUCGUGAAAAAAGACAACUUAUUCACACCCAACAUUGAGGAGGUUACCAUUGAGUUUGGAAAGGCUCAGUUACGUAAGGCGCGGACUAUUCUAAAGGAAUCGGAUGGGGACCAAGCCGAAGUGGCUGCCAUAAAGGAAGUCCUGGAACGCUGUGAAAAACACUUGAAAUCCUUGGCCCUUCACUGCGUGGAUGGCAAAUCGCAGGCUCCACAUUCGGUCAUCUGUCACGGCGACUUCUGGAAUAAUAACAUUCUCUACCGACAUGAGUCCAAUAUUGGUCAACCCGUGGAGGCUAAACUCAUCGACUUCCAGAUGUCCCGCUAUGGACCGCCAGUACUUGAUAUAGUCCACUACCUCUUUGCCUGCACGGAGAAGCAAUUGCGGGAUGAUCACUUUCCCACCUUUAUGAAUGCUUACUACGAGACGCUGGACCAGAAAUUAACGGCUUGUGAUCUUCGUCUCGAAGAGAUAUAUCCACGCAGCAUCUUCAACCGACAGCUGCACCUCUACGGUGUUUACGGCUUAAUUAUGGGAGCCUUUUCCCUACCUUUUUUUAUUUCCAAUGCUAAUGAGGUCAUUGAUAUCGAUACCGUUUCCGAAGCUAUCCAGGAUCUUUCGUCAUCAUCAGAUGAACCCAAGUAUAAGGAGCUGAUCGAAGAAUUCGAAAUGCUUAACGCACGCACAUUGCCUAUUUUCAAGCGUCGAAUAACCGGUAUUGUCAAGGAUCUUAUCAAAUAUCAGAUGACAGAGCCGCUUUUUAAAAUUGAGUCCUAAACAAGUGCUACAGUAUUAUAUUCCGCAAAGAUACCAGAACAUUUUUCAUAUAAGGUAUGGAUAGAUUUAAAGUAGUAAAAUUCCAAACUAGACAAAACUCAAGCGUUUGCCAGUAUACAUAUGUGAUUUUCUUCAUAUUUAUUCAGGAAACUCUAAGAUUCUAAAAAUUCACAACUUAAAUUUAAAUCCGCAUAACAAAGGAUGACAACUAAAAUGUCUGCAAUUGGAUUUAUGUAAAUAAUGUUAAAACUAAAUAUUUACAAUUUCUUAAGUGUAGGUGAUGAUUACGGUUCCCUAACCACAUUCGGUAGCGAAACACAAUUUGAUUGUUUGCGGAGUUUUGGGGAUAAUGAUCCUGUUUAAAUAAAUCUUAGUUUGAACUUUUGCAAAAAGAAUGUUUUAAGCAAUUUAACAAAAUAAAAAUAAAAUUUUUUCAUACUAAUGAGUGUGGUACUACUCUUUUGUUUAGUACUCCAAAUUUUAAAUGUAUAUAUAUAUGAUAUAAUGCGCGGCUAUAGCUAAUUGUAUAGCUAUGUACAUGGCAUGCAUUAUGCACAGUCCAAGAAUAGACUUUAUCUUAAUGUUAAGGCCUACAUAGUACAAUAUGUGUCUUGCACUAAAACUAAGCAUUUGCGUGUCAUCUGUUAUAUAAUAAAGUAACAACUCAUUGAGUUUAUUGCAGCAAUA